AUGCUGCGCUGGUUCUCUCGUUGUCUGCCCGGGUUCAGCAUUCUGGCACUGCUGCUGCUGAUGCUGGUUGCCUUUUCGGAUAGCUUCACCCUUCUGCCAUGGCCGGGCGUCUUGCCUUACCCCGUUGUGGGCGGCCGCGUGCAGAGCAUCGCCCGUGAGAUCUUCGUCGUCUACGCCCUUUUGGUUCAUCUGAACAUGUUUGCUUUCACUCUUCGUCUGUCCUGGUCCCUGUUUCGCGUCACAGAGGAGACUCGAAAAGCCCUCCAGCGACGCUCCUGGCACGCGCCCGGGAGCAGCUCCUCGCUGCCGCUGCCGCUCCCGCCAUAUUCGGCCGAGCAGGAGGUGCAGCUCGAUAGAACUCGCCGGGUUGAUGAGGCGGACGAGCUCGAGGUUGUCCAUGCUAUCAUCUUGCCGAAUUACUGCGAGGAUCACCACACUCUACGGACGACGCUGAAUGUGUUGGCUAGUCAUCCGCGGGCAUCGACUCAGUACGAGAUCUAUCUGGCAAUGGAGCAGAAAGAACAGGGAGCCGCUGAAAAAGCCGCCAUGCUCGUGUCGGCCUUCGAAAAGGCCUUCCAUCGCAUCUACACGACCUUCCAUCCCGCUAACCUGCAGGGGGAGAUUGCCGGCAAGAGCUCCAACGUGUCAUUUGCGGCCAGUCGGGUUGUUGAGGUGCACCGCAUGGAACUCAACACCAAUACGUGUGACGUGAUCAUCACCGUCAUGGAUUCCGAUACACACCUAUCCCAAGAUUACUUCACCGAGAUCCGGAGGCUGCAUUUCGAGCAUCUCGCUGAGGCGGACCGCUCCUUCUACUCGUGUCCGAUCAUCUUCGACCGUAACUCACAUGAGACCCCAAUUCUCGUCCGCUGCGCCGACCUGCUCUGGGGAUUCGCAGGCCUGUCAACCAUGUAUCCGGGCGCCCCAAUCUCGAUCCCCACCUCCGUCUACUCGCUGCCGCUCACGCUGGCUGAGAAGGUGGGCGGCUGGGACAGCGACCCAACAGCUAUAGGCGAGGACAUGCACAUGUUACUCAAGUGCUACUUCGGCACCAUGGGAAACAUCAUCUCUCGCACCGUCUUCAUCCCCGCCAGCCAGUGUAAUAUCUCCAGCGAUCGGGCCCGCGGCUGGCGUCGGACCCUCGACACCUGCAAUGCGCGCUACAAACAAGCCCUGCGGCACAUGUGGGGGGCGCUCGACACAGGGUUUGCCAUCCGCAACAGUGCCACCCCCCCGCUGGGGCCCAAGACGAGCCGGCGCACCGCCUGUCUCUUUGCCUUCCGCCCACGCCACCUAGCUCUCCUUUCCUUGCUCUUCGAGGCACACUUCCUCCCCUGCCACGGUGUGAUCAUCAUGCUGUUCUCGGUGUUGUACACACUGUACCACCCAACGUCACAGCUAUCACCCUUGCUGGCGCGGACCUUUCGGGUCACCGACCUGCUGCGGACAGCCUGCUUCCUCUGGAUGAACGUCUGCCUCGCCUUGUACGAGCGGUGGCAUGCUCUAUGUCUCUCUGCCCGCAUGAAGGACAUGAUGCUCGCCAACCUCAACGACACGGGCUUCUCCCGGCGCACCUGGUGGCACACCAAGUACCUGUGUGAGCGUGUCUGUUUUCCUGUCGCAGGCACGUUGUACGGGGCCAUCCCCACGCUGCAGGCGGUCUUCUCGCACUUCUGGACGGACCGCUUGGUCUACCGGGUGAGCAAGAAGCCGACCUUUGAGGCUGUCUAG